AUGUGCAUCGCUUGUAACGUAUCGUCGAAAGCAAGAGAGAAGCUUGCGAUAACGAUCGGUGUGUUUAAUUGUUGUAUCGCUUUGUUUGGAAUAGCACUAAUCGGCAUGGCAUUAUACAUGAAGAUAAGCAUUGAAUCCAGAAUGAUGCUGCUGGACGGAUAUGAUACAGGAGUUCUGCCGCAUUUUCUCCUUGCUGUUGGAAUCAAAGUAGUUAUUUUUCAUGCUAUGACGUUUAAGAUUGUGUAUGAUUGUUCGUCUUCUGAGAUAAGUGGGCGAUGUGUGAACUUUCUCUUUUUUGCCGUUUUAUUAUCAUUUAUUCUCGUCUGGUUCCUGCUGGCUGGGGGUCUGAUGUGUUUCACUCAUCGUUCAGUCAUCGAAGAAUCCUUACAAAGCGGCCUCAGCUCUGUGAUGAAACGGUACAAAACGGACAUGUUCGUGAAGGUGACUUUAGAUCAACUACAGCAGGAAUAUUUCUGCUGUGGCAGUAAUGGCUACAGCGACUGGUUUGAUAUCAACUGGGUCAACGAGGAAUUCUUGAACACCAAACAUCCGGACAUUAUCAGGAAACUGAAAGGUGGUUUAUUCUACUCGGACGAUGUUCCCUACAGUUGUUGUGAUGUUUCGUCCCCUCGUCCAUGUGUUCAUCAUGCCGUCAAGGAUAAAUCAAUGCACGUACAUUACGGAAGCGUAACCUUGUACAAAUCAGGAUGUUCCAAUGUUCUGAUGGACUUCUUUGAAAAUAAAAUCCUUGUACCAACAGGGUGGUCCGUGUUAGCUGCUUUCGGUGUACAGUUUGUUACGGUGGUAUUGAUGCGUUAUCUACAGACCUCACUAACUAACGCACGUGAUAUGGAGGAUCCCGAGGGUGACGGAACGGGGUACUGCCUCCCGGGCUGCCCAUGUGACUGCUGUUCCGCCGGGGACCCCAUGAAAUACAUGAAACGAAAGAAGCGUGCUCGUGAUGACGCCGAAUAUGGAAUGGACUCUGCUUGGAAUAACACAGACCCUGGAAUUGGAGAAAGUGCUCCUGGCCGUGAUUUUGAGAGAAGGCCAGGUGGAGACAAGUCAAAGGAAACAAAGGACAAGAACAAAACAAGGAGUAAAAAGGACAAGAAAGACAAAAAAGUGAAGGAAAAAUCCAAAGACAAACAUAAGAGCAAAUCUAAAACGUCACCGAACAGAGGGAAAGGUUCGCCAAAAUCGAAAAAGUCUCCGGGAAAGAAAACUGCUCGUGAAGCUAAGACUAAGACUAAGAAAUCUUCACCUAAAAUUAAGAAAUCACCCAGAAAAACGUCACCAAAAUCACUGAAGAAACCAAAGUCACCAAAGAAAAUGAGAGUACGCAAAAGGUAG